AUGGUUCUAGCUCGUGGAGUAGGAGAGUCAUCGAAUGGAAGAUCGAUCGUUUUGUUGAUCGGUGAUGGAAUCGGUGAUGUGAAGGCAUUGAAGGUACUGAAACUUGAAACUUCAUAUGCACGUCAGAUUGACGUUGUCAACCUUACAGCUGGACUCAAAGAGCAGUCAGAAAAUCGGACAUUGCUUUCGGAGGAUAUUGAGACAGUACCGGUGGCGACCAACGAGAACGUGAAACGUGGGUCUCGAGUCGUCCUCGUAAAAGGUGUCGCCUGGAGGACGUGGUACACCUUCAUUUAUUACUGUUACACCGGCAUCGUCAACUUUGAAAACUUGCGGUCUCAAGGUGUUGAUGUGGCACUCCAGCAGAGUCGGUUAACACAUGGUCGACCACAUUGCUCCCCGAAGUCGAUGUACCAGCUGGCUAGGAAGCUUCGCAAUGAACCGUUAUCUCAACUUUCGUUAACGGCCAUUGAAACUAGGUUGUCUGCGGCCAACAUACUAGAUGAGGCAUUCUCCAAAUUCACUUCCAGGCAUGAUGCCAUCAGAGAAAUGGAAAUUGCCCAACUGGUAAAACACAGGAAUGCGUCAGAGGUCCUGCAGAAUCUCCCAACUAAAAUAAUGGCCAUGGCCAUGGGCAAUACGCCCCACGCUGCGCCGGUAUUCACUACGUACUGCCAGCAAAUUACCGAGAUAUCUAACUCCAAUAACCAAAACAAACCUAAACCUCAAUCCGGCAGUCUUAAACCUCAAUCCGACAAUCCUAAACCUAAAUCCGGCAGUCCUAAACCUAAAUCCGGCAAACCUAAAAUUUGGUUUGAAUGACUCGAGACCUUCCAGAUACGACACCACUCAAUGCUCUUGCGCCUACACACCCUCCUUUUAUCUUCAACUGCAGAAUCCUCUUUUAACUGUCCGAAAGCAAUAUCUAUACCAGCAGCGCGUCUUGCUGCAUUGAUCCAGCGUGUCGCUUUCCGCGCGAGAGAGACGUCUAGUUCUGGUGCUGACGAGUUCCCAGUACUGUUUGUAUCAUUGGCGAAGGACAUUUUGAUGGCGACAUGAUCGUUGACAUCGAUAUCAAGGACAAGUACUUUAAAAAAAAAAAAUCUAUUGUCCUUCGAGGUCGAAGAGCCUAUGUCGGACAUAGCCCCUUACGCGGGGGCUUACUCCCGCUUGGUCUAUCGCAGAUGUAUGUACUUCCAUGUAUGAGUGGUUUUGUCGUGACGCAUACUCC